CUGUGAAGCGGAAGUAGCUGUCAGGUCUGCUGCUGCAUGACGAUGAUGUGGAUGAGAUGAAAACUUAAGUGCGUAAAUUUAUUAAACCCGGGCAAUUUCGCUGAGCAGACAUGAAGACGGUGUUUGUAACUGUCGGCACCACGAGCUUCGACGAGCUGAUUGAGAGCAUCACUUCCUCUGAGGCCACUCAGGUUUUAAAGGCUCGUGGAUAUGAGCAUUUGGUGCUUCAGGUUGGAAGAGGUUCCGUUUUUCCAGCUGCUGACAGCUGUCCGCACAUCAGACUGGAGGCUUUUCGAUUCAAAAACUCAAUAGCAGAGGACAUCAGUCAGGCCGAUCUCGUCAUCAGCCACGCAGGGGCAGGAAGCUGUCUGGAGGCUCUCGGUGCAGGCAAAUCUCUGCUGGUCGUAGUCAAUGACAAACUGAUGGACAACCACCAACUGGAGUUGGCCAGACAGCUGCACAUAGACUCCCACCUGUUGUACUGCACCUGCAGCACCCUGACAGAAACUCUAAGGACCAUGGACCUCUCAGUACUGCAGCCCUUCCCGCCUGGACAGCCAAAGAAAUUUGCAGACUUUAUGGACAAAGCUCUCGGCAUUAAGUGAAGCUCUAUAUCUGCGUGAUGUCGUGUUAUAUACCUGUACGAUACACAGAUGACACUAUGAUGUGUUAUAUUUUUGUAUGCAAUAAUAAUACACAUCUGAAAACAAGUCAUUACAACCCUGCUGUAUAUUUUUAAUUAUUUUGUAUGUUCUAGAUUUGUCUUCUAAAGACGUUUUAUAUGAAUGCACCAAAUUUUAAGGUGCUCCUUUCAAAUAUUUGGUAUCAAGGAAAAAUUGAGGAAAGAGAAAAGAGUGAAGCUCUCUGACCUAGUUACAUUUCUUUAUUGUGUUGACAUGUCCUAUUUAGAUGUCUCUGUGGAGCAUCCAGGUGGAUGCUGGGGCGGUGGAGGGGUUAAAACUGCAGGCUGUGAUGGAGGGUAAUGACAUAUCACAGGGAGAAAUGGGGGAAUCUGCAGCUUUAAUAGACUGCCAGAUUGUAGGUGUGUGCGACAUGAGGAUAGAGACGUGUGUGUGUGUGAUGCAAUCCAGCUUGGGGUGCCUGCCUGAACUAGCUCGCAGGCUAUGCUUCAUUUGUAGCUAUUUUUAGAAUUGCUGUUAAAUUUCUUGGGGGGAAAAGACUCAUGUGCACUGGAUAUGAUGAAUGAUUUCAAGUUAAGUGAGCGUCUUUCUCUGGAAAGAAUAACAGACAUACUGAGAAACAAUUAAAAUACAUUUAAAAGGUGCUGGAAGCCUGUUUGAACUUUAUAAAUGAUUUGGACGUUACAGAAAGCCAAACGGGGUGAGGGUUGUAAAUCAUGUAGUGUUUGGUUCAUUGCAUCGUGUAGAUUUUUCUGUAAAUUUAAACAUCUCUUAGACUGAGUGAAAAUAAUGUUUACAAGAUUGCUUAUUUAUGAAGUAAACACGAUCUGCAGUUUAUCUGUUUUAUUGUGGUGUUUGUUAGUAUUUAUUGCCGUGUUUGAUUUAUUUAAAGUCCACUGUGACUUUCUGAACGCAUGUGUCAUAGUCUUGAGAGACUGCUUGACUGAGGCCUAACUCUGGCUGCAGGCCUGUGAUUGUGCAUUUUUCCACCUCAUUUAUUUCUGUGUCCGCUGCCCUCCCACGACUCUGACUCUGAACAAGCUUUAGGACUUUGAAAGUCCACAAACUCCAGAACAACCUGAAUAACUGUGCAUGGAUUUCU